GGAAGAGGAUGGACGGGAUGGCGUCCGCAGUGUGGGUUCGUUGUCUCUUUACCAGGUCAAGAAUUCCAGACUCGGUAUUUCAGCCACGACCUGGAGAUCAUGAAAAGUAUGGAGGUGACCCUGAGCAACCCCACAAAAUCCACGUUGUUACUAGAAUAAAAAGUGUCAUUGGUCGCCCAUAUUGGGAAAAGAAGAUAAUACAUGAUCUUGGACUGGAUAAAGCGCAUCAACCAAGACUGCACAAAAAUAUCCCUUCUGUGAAUUCCAGACUGAAAGUUGUUAAACAUUUGAUAAGAAUACAGCCACUGAAACUGCCGUAUGGGUUGCCAACAGAAGAGGAAAUGUCGGACACCUUUCUUACCAGCAAGGGAGAGCUUAUCAUUAAACGGCAUCUGAAACCUGUGGAGCAGAAAGAAAUUAAAUCAUAAGGUGUGCUGAUUGGUUUUAUAUUUUAUAAAAUAAAUAAUUUGACUCCUGAGUGAAAAGUUUGUGUAUGAAAUGCAAGCUUAAUUCUUACCCUGUCUGGUAUGAGCGACAGAGGUGACACUGAUGCUUAAAGAAGGAUUACAUGUGUGCAGUUAUAAAAUUCGGUGUUGGUAAUGUUUGCCUGAAAUAUUAAAUGAAUGAUAGGC